AUUCAUAACUCAACCCACUCAGGACUGAGCCAACCUGUUGAGCGUAUGGUGUAGGGUGUUGGUUUCAGUCUGUCUAGAUCAGAUCUUUACGGGUGGUUCCUUAACAACCACGUCUCAAACCUCUACAUUUCACUUUCUUUCUCCUUCAAAAGGGUUAAAUCCAAACUGUCAUGAUGAAGACUUUGGCACUAGUUUUCUUGCCACUUUUGUCCCUUGUGUUGGCAGAAGGUCAGCAGAAAACAGAGGAGGACCCCUUCUCUUUUGAUUAUCACAGACUUCGGGUCGGAGGUCUGAUCUUGGCAGCAGUUCUCUGUCUAAUUGGCAUCACUAUUCUUCUAAGUGGACACUGCAGAUGCAAAUUCAAUCAAGACAAGAGGAGGAGGACAGGAAGUAACGCUCAAGCGAUGCUCAAUGACACAGCAAGGGCCAGUGAAUGCUAAAUACCUGCUGACCUGACCUUAACCAAUCAGAGGAGACAGUCCACCUUUAUCCCUUGUGCUGGUUUAUCAGAGGAACCAUUUCUCUUUAAGACGAGGAAAAAAAUCCAUAUAUCAUUUUUUAUGCCAGAUGUGUCUUUUUUAAUAUCAUUUAAUAAAAAUCUAUUACCAGAAAUCUGAAUGUAAAUUGUUUUUUAUCCUAUCAGUAAUUAUAUUAAAUUAUGGUGGUUGUAGGUAUGCAAGGGAAGACUUUUAAUGGCAGUGUGCUGAAUCAGUCUCAUAUGGAAACAUGUAACCAAAUAUUACUGUUAGCUCUAGUGAAUCCAUACAAUAUUACACUGUUGCAUUCUGCGUGAAGUAGUUUACUGUUCAGACUUGCUUUGGUGUUGAGUAACUAGAUUAAAAAGACAUGAAAAGAUCAUGCUAUCAUAUUUACAUUGCGAUGUUGUCAUGUGCUUGAUAAUUUUCAUUUCCGGCCUAUUCACCACAGACAUGCUAGUAGUAUUAAGUUUAUUUUUAUCUGUCAUGUGAAAAUUGUCAGUAUCAGUCAAACAUACACUAAAAUAAACUAAAAGACACUAAAAA